AUGUUCACAGGGCCGACACCUCCCUCUACGGAGGACUUUCGCUCCCCCCGCUUUGCCCCGCUUCUUGUGCGUCGAGACUAUGUUCGCAGGGCUCUUGAGUGGCUGCGCGACCACCACCCUGACUACGCUGAUCUCGACAUAUCCGAGGAGAACCUGGCGCAAUACCCGGAAGACGUCCCACCAGUCAGCGUGCAGUACAGGCCCGCUGAUACGAACAUUCCUGCAGAAGGAAGAAGCAGCUAUGACGUUGAUGAAGACCAAGGUAUAGCGACGGGUGAGCUACCCUUCGUUGUACACGGUUUGACGGGCGAAGAUCUGGAACUGAAGGGCGAGAAUGAGUUGAAGGCGCUGGCUCUCGGACACUUUGAAGGAAACGGUGCUCUCCUACGCAUUGGACAUGGAUCGAAACCGGAAUCGAUGUAUAAUAAUCCGCAAUUGUACCCAAAAAUGUUUCCCUGGCUAUUUCCCUACGGUCGAGGC